AUGGGGGAAUCUGCCCGAUGUGUGGUGCCCCCCACUGGCAGCUGCGCCCCCCGGGCAGACCCAGCGCUCCCCGUGUCUCAGGCCAACGUUUGCUGCUCUCCCCCAUUGCCACGACCCCUCAUUGCCCCGGUGAGCCGAGCUCCCAGGCUGGGCCGCGCCCACCCCCUGGGGCUGCUCCCCGCUCUGCAGCCAGGCCACGGCCCCUGGGAGCACUGCCAGCCCCAGGGCCCCAGCAGGGAUCAAUGGUUCCUGACCCCUCCUCUCCUCACAGACGAUCGGUGCCAGCCCUCCCUGGGGCGCCGAAGGGAACCGGGACCCUCCCUCACCUGCUCCGUGGGGGCCGCCUGCCCCCAUCGCCCCUCCUGGUACGACCAAGAUGGCGCGCGGCGAAGCCCAGGGCAAACCCCGGGCGGGGCUGGGGUGACCGAGCUGCGAAUAUCCCCGUCCCAGCUGGGCCCCGGCGCUGCGCUGAGAUGCCAGGUGGAUGGAUACCGGGAUGAGUGUGACUCUGACCAAUUCCAGCCCCUGGGGACAGUCACCCCCAACGUGCCCAGGGUCGAGGUUUCGUGGCCGGCAGGGAAGGCAGCGCUAAGGGAAGGCGACGGUUUUACCCUGCGCUGCCAGGGUGCUGCGCCGCGGCCUCCCGGGUACGUCUGGUCCCACGGGGACGUGUGGCUGCCAGAAGCCAGGCAGGAUUUACGUGUUGACAAGGCAGCCGGCUCUGAUGGAGGGAGUUACGCCUGCGGGGUCUGGGUCUCCGGCCCCGGCUGGGGGUAUCUGAGCCUCUCUGCGAGGGAAUCGGUCGAAGUUCAGCGCUCUGGCCCGUGCCAGUGUCUAAGCCCUGGCCUCAUGGCCGGCGUUGUGGUUGCCAUUCUGCUCCUUGUCAUCCUCGUUAAUGUGGGGGCUUGUUACCUGCUCAGGAGAGGCCGGCGGCAGGCGGGAGCCGAGGGGGCUGCGGAGGGUGCCGAGCUUUCCCGCAGGCCGAAAACAGAGUCACCCUAUGAGGAACUCCAAGGACGGACCCAGGAUAUUUACAGCCAGUUGGACUCUCCCCAAGCAGGUUCCCACUGAGCUCCGCCUAAAUCCGACCAGCCGGGGACCCCUCUGCACGGCCAGGACCUUAAACACAAAGAGAAGCCAUCGCUUGAUGGGGCCAGAUCCCAGCGGGGGUCCACAAGCGCCCACUUUCCAUUGUGCUGGGGGGUGCUUGACCCCUGGCUCUGUCCCAGGCCUCACCCCCAUCCCCAGUCCACCCCUAUCCUCAAGACCGCACCCCUGCCCCGCCCCUCCCCACUCCUGCCCCACCUCUUCC